GGCGGAAAUCGGGGCGUGUUGGGUGCGGUGGCGCGCCGGAGAGCUUGGGGGCCGGUUUCUGUUCUGCCAAGAUGGCUUCCCUUCUUCAGUCGGACCGCGUCUCCUACCUGGUGCGCGGCGAAAAGGAGAUCCGCAUGCCGCUUUCGCAGCUGUAUUUCUGUCGCUACUGCAGCGAGCUCCGUUCUCUCGAGUGUGUCUCGCAUGAGGUGGAUUCGCACUAUUGUCCCAGCUGCUUGGAGAAUAUGCCUUCAGCUGAAGCUAAGCUGAAAAAAAAUAGGUGUGCCAACUGUUUUGAUUGUCCUUGCUGUAUGCACACCCUUUCUACCCGAGCAACAAGCAUUCCUGCUCCAUUGCCUGAUGAUCCAGCUAAGACUACAAUGAAAAAAGCUUAUUAUCUUGCCUGUGGAUUUUGCCGUUGGACAUCUAGAGAUGUUGGCAUGGCAGAUAAGUCAGUUGCCAGUGGAGGUUGGCAGGAACCCGAAAAUCCUUAUAUACAAAAGAUUAAUAAACUAGUGGAAUAUUAUCAACAGUUGGCUCAGAAGGAGAAGAUGGAAAGAGAUCGUAAAAAAUUAGUUCGACGUCGACCAUACAUGCCACUGGCUUUUUCGGACAAAUAUGGCCUUGGAACCAGGCUUCAACGUCAGAGGCCUGGGGCCCCUAUCAGCGCCCUUACUGGACUUUCGCUGAAAGAAGGGGAAGACCACAAGGAGAUAAAAAUUGAACCAGCUCAGGCUGUGGAAGAAGUAGAACCUUUACCUGAGGAUUAUUACACAAGGCCAGUCAAUCUAACAGAAGUGACAACCUUAAAGCAGCGCCUCCUGCAGCCAGAUUUUCAGCCCAUUUGUGCUUCUCAACUUUACCCACGUCAUAAGCACCUUCUGAUCAAACGCUCACUGCGAUGCAGGAAAUGCGAACACAAUUUGAGUAAACCAGAGUUCAACCCCACAUCGAUAAAAUUCAAAAUUCAAUUGGCUGCUGUCAACUACAUCCCAGAAGUGAGAAUCAUGUCUAUUCCUAAACUACGCUAUAUGAAGGAAAGUCAAGUUCUUUUAACUCUAACCAAUCCAGUGGAAAACCUUACCCAUGUGACCUUAAAAGAAUGUGAGGAAAAUGAUUCUGAGGAUAUUAAUAGUACUGCAAAGGUAGCGGUUCCUUCCAAGGAACUAAUCUUGGCUGGCAAAGAUGCAGCAGCAGAAUAUGAUGACUUGGCAGAAUCUCAAGAUUUCCAGGAUGACCCUGACAUCAUAGCCUUCCGGAAGGCUAACAAAGUUGGGAUAUUCAUCAGAGUUACUCCACAGAAAGAAGAAGGAAAAGUUACUGUAAGCUUUAAGAUGAGACAUGAAUUCAAAAAUCUUGCUGCUCCAAUCCGCGCCACAGAGGAGUGUGAUCAGAGUUGUGAAGUUAUUUGGCUCACCCAUCACGUGGAGCUCAGCCUGGGCCCUCUGCUUCCCUGAAGUUUGUGCCUUAAUUGGUUGCUAAAUGAUAGGUGUUUUGAAAAUGCAUUCUGAUAAAAUGCUGGUUCUACGGAGAUGCCUUGGAAAGGGAAAUUUCAGCCAAAAAAGGUAGAGUUGAAACAGAAAAAAGACACUCCCCCCCCCAUUGCCUCCUCCUCUUUACAUCCAUUACAUGAAUUAGUGAUUCUGUCACUACCACAUGUAUAGUCAAAUUGACAGGUCAAGCUUAGUGUGCAUGUUCGUAGUUAUCUUCUAUCUUCCUUAAAAAAAGUCACACACUAGUUCCUCGCAAAACCUUUUACUAGCUUUCCUUGCACCAAUUUAACCAAGCUAGUAUUGGACAAAAUCUCUUUCCUUCUCUGGUACAUUUUCUGAUAACUGGAUUACUACUUUUCUGAUAGUAGUAAUUAUUUCAACUAGAUUUUUCAGUAAAGCAAUAAUCAGCACAGUAGCAUGACAUGUCCUUUCGCUAUCUGUCAGUCAUCUCAAAUAUUACGGCUAAGUUUUUUAAUGUACCAUUUGUGGCAUUUUGUUGUCUUGUUAUGGACAAUUCCUGAAAGGAAAACAAUUAAGAAACUAGCACAUUAAUCAAUACUAUAUCAUUGGAAGAUUUAACUUCUUAGGCUGGAGAAUGCUUAUUUAAAGGAAAUGCAAUUUAGUAUAGUUGUAUUUGCUGAUGUAUUGCAUUUAUUGAAGCAAGAAUUGAAUUGGGACAAGCACUAGUGUUCUGGUUAAAUUAUUCCUUUAGGAACAGGAUACGGACCAAACAUAGCAUAUUAUGAUUUUAAUUACUUUAAGUAUGUAAAUUUGAACUUUUAAGACCUCUUGGAAAAGUAAGUACCAUCACUAUUGUGCAAUUUUGAAGGUGUAAAAUCUUAUUCCCCUACUGAACAGAUUUCAUUAGGUUUUGUUAAUAGGAAGGUGAAUAAAUUAUUAUAAAGUAUAAUUCCCACGUUUUGGGUCUUGAAUUUUAAUGAUUUGAAAUUUAAUAUUGUAACACUGCAUACACAUUGUAUGUAAUGGGAAGGUGAAAAUAUCUGAUUGCAGACUGGUGGCCAUGGGCACUCAUUACAGUGUGAAUAUUUAUUAUGUAGUUCCAAAAUUGGAAUGGAGAA